AUGGACGAAAACGGAGAUAACAUUCCGAGACCGGAAAGUCCUUUUAGCUUCCAACAGCUGCUAUGCGGAGACGACUGGCAACGGUGGGACAAUUUCCCAACAGUUGACGCUGAUGCCAACUCAUCAGAUGCAACAGUUGAGAGUGAUGGUCCUAGUCCCUUUCUACUGACAAUUGCUGAAAUGGAAGAAAUGGUCGAGCAGUGGAUACAGUCACUGGCUCAUGAUGAACAAUUUGUAACAUCGUCACAGGACGAAGUUCUUGAAAUGUCUUUCGAUGUAGACACCCUCACGUACGAGGAAUUGCUGGAACUCGGAGAACAUAUUGGAGAUGUCAGCACUGGUUUAAGCGUUGAGACCAUUGAUGAAACGCUAAGCCGAAGAAAGUACGAAGGUGUUGGUGGCCAAGCGGAGAAAUGUAUGAUUUGUUUGGACGAACUUAAGGACAACGAGGAAGCUUCUAAACUCGGAUGUGGGCAUGACUUUCACUUUGGAUGCAUCAAAGAAUGGCUGGUGGUCAAGAACAUGUGCCCUCUUUGCAAGCAAGGAGCUAUUUAG